CCACUAAAAGGUAAAACGCGCUUUAGUAUAAAACGCUUGGGCCGGGUUCGUUUGAGCACAGUUCGAACUGUUUCAUUGCUAAGUGAAGUACAGCCUCCCCUUUGUAACAAUGGCAUUCAAGUUUGUGACCUUCCUCGCCUUGGUGGCCGUCGCUCGUGCUGGACUCAUCGGCUCCCCUGCCUUGUCUUAUGCUGCUGCUCCCGCCCAUCUCUCCUAUGCCGCUCCAGCCCAUCAACUGUCCUAUGCUGCCCCACUGACCAAGACCCUGGUUGCCGCUCCUCUCACCAAGCACAUCGUUGCCGAUGAGUACGAUGCCCACCCACAGUACUCCUUCUCCUACGGAAUCGCUGACGGACACACCGGAGACCAGAAGGAACAGCACGAAUCCCGUGACGGAGAUGUCGUCAAGGGAUCUUACUCCCUCGUCGAUCCAGAUGGUUUCAAGCGUACCGUCGAGUACACCGCCGACCCACACAACGGAUUCAACGCCGUCGUUCACCGUGAACCACUCGGCCAUGUGAAGACCAUUGCUGCUGCUCCAGUUCUUGCCGCCAAGACCAUUGUUGCCCAGCCAGCUCUGUCCUAUGCUGCCCCACUUGCCCACAAGACCAUCAUCUCGCAGCCAGCUCUGUCCUAUGCUGCUCCUCUUGCCCAUCACCAGACUCUCCUGGCCCAGCCAGCCCUCAGCCACUACGCUUCCCCAGCCCUGUACCACCACUAGAAAAAUGAAAAUAUAUUUGCAAAGAUGAAAUAAAUCAUCCAAAAAUUUA